CCACUGUUUCAGAAGGAGGUAAGGAGCACAUAAGUUGACAAUGCUGAGACGAGCUUAGUGAAUUGCUGCGAGAAAAAUUAAAACUGUCUCAGUUAGUUUUGCUUUCUAAUCUUUAUCUCUACUUCUAUUUUCUCAUAUUUUGUUAUGUGUUUCGUUUAUAAACAAAGUUAAAAUGAUUGGUAUUAAUGAUAGUAUUUUACAAUAUUUUCUAAUUUGUUUAUUUUUAAUUUUUCUCAAUCCAAACUGCAGAGUCUUGUGCGGUGAAGCAAAAGAGCUAAGAAAACAUAAGGUCAAAUUUUGUGACGUGCCCACCACAUUACCCCACACAAAUAUCACAUACCAAUGUACCAAAUACAUCAAGAAUCAAUCAAAAUCUUGUGUUUAUAAUGAAACAGUUUUCGAAUCAACGGCCAUUAAAAUCUCCUGCGAUGAUGGUUAUUCUACAGAUGCAACGGUAUCAGUUUGCAAUGGCAAUGAAUGGGUUCCCCCUAUAACAGGAUGCAGAAAAAUGUGUAAAAAACUGAAUCCUGUAAACGUUCACUUGGAAUGCUUUCGUGAAAAUGUUUCCAUCCCUUGUGAUGAAAAAUAUCUAGUUUCUGGAGUGACAGUGCGUCCAACAUGCGACCAUCUUAACUCGUCAGGAUUUGUGUUUUACCCUGGUCAUCAAGAAAUACACUGCCAAGAAGAUGGUAACUGGGAUAACGAUUUGCUUUCCUGUGUUCGAGGUUGUGGGCGAUUACAAAAAAACUCGAGCGAUUCAGAAACUCGAGGCAUGCCGUGGGACGUCACCAUUUUCCCAUUUAAGGGAAAAAAUGCAUGCUUAGGCACUAUCAUAAGUCCCAGAGUAAUUUUAACCACUGAAUAUUGCGUGCGCAACAUGAUUUCUGGUUAUGAAGAUUAUAAUUCUAUGAGCCGUCCCUCGGAUCCCGACAAUUUCAUGGUAGGAGUUUUCAGAGAUGCUCCACAUUAUGAAAAAAAUUCAUCGUGGUGGGACCGUCUGAAGUAUUAUGCAUACAAACUGGACCCUCUUAAGGAACUCUCACGCUAUACAUUCUUAGAGAUUAAAGAAUUUCGCUAUUUCAAGCAUGGAAAUCAAGACAAAUCCUUUUUUCAUGAUGCAUCAAUAGUAAUCCUUGAAGAAGAAAUCAGUUUCAACUCGCACGUUCACCCAGCGUGUGUUCAGUGGGAAACCCCCAAGAGACUAAAUAUUACUACUGGGAUAGCAAAGGUACAUCACAGUACAAACGAAAAAGGACACGGCUUCGAAGAUCAUUCCUUCUGGAGCCAUGACGCAUGCCAAAAAAAUCCUAAUUACCCUCACAUAGUGUACAACUUUGUAUGUGACCUGUAUACUUUUUAUAAGGCUAACAGAGUCCUGAAUGAUACUAAACUUUCAAGAGUAAGCAAUCAAACUGCUCUUCACGAAGGGAAAUUGUUUUGCAUAGAGCAGAAGCAAGACGAGCUGAAUGUGGUUGUACAUGGAAGCGGGGUUAUGAUUAAGAAUGACGAUCGCUAUUUUAUUAGAGGAAUUGCAGGAGAGGUGCUCCACAUAGACCAAUCAAACAGUGAUGCUCUUGAUGCUAAUUUCAAACACUUCAUGAAUGAAAUUCGUUACAUUGCAAACAUUUCAUAUGAUGAUCUUUCAAAAAAUAUUUCUGAUGCAAUAAGUAAUGGAUCACCUGAUACUGGAUUUGUUGACAAAUCGGUCUUCUUAUUCAAUAAUAACUUUCCAAGUCUUCUACAAAAUCAUCUUAAAUCAGCUGGAACUGAGUUGACGUAUCGCAAAGAAAAGUUAGUUAGCGUUACAGAUGUAGCUGACUAUGUAGAUUGGAUCAAACAUGUUGUAGCUGAAGUUGACCCAUAUUAUAACCCUAGCACAUAAGUAGAGCGAAUGUUUUUUAAAACUUGUUUAGAUAUUUUACCAAGCACCAUUUCUUCAAUUUGUUUCUUUGUAAAAUAUGGCUCCGGUGAAUGUGAAAAAGUACACCUAUUGUUAUCAAAAAUAUCUGUAGAUAUUCGCCUUUAAAUCCAUUAAAAUUUUGAAUAUC